GGCCGCCGUACCCUGUGCUGCUCAUCUCCUGUGUGACAAUGGACAAUGAGGUUGGAUCAAGCCUGUCAGUAUGCUGGCUUGCUUCCUUGCUGUAGUGAGUGUCUGUCUCCAGGACAAGAGAUACCAAGCAAAAUGGUUGACGAGGAAGCAAAGAGCUUACCUAUGGAGCUGAGUGAGAAGGGAGGUGUGGAGAACAAUGGAUUUGUUCAAAAUGAGGCUUUUGAUGACAAGGAGACCGAUACCAGUAGCCAAGAAGAAAUGCCAAAAACAUGCAUUAUUGGCGUGAACCCAGAAGCUACUGAGGAGCCAGCUUUGGAGCCCUAUGCAGGGAUGCCGAAGGAAGUCUUGCUGAAGUUCUCCAGCCAAGCCCGGUACAGAGUCACCAGGGAGAUUCUCUUUUGGCUCAUAAUCGCUGCUGCUGUCAUGCUUGUGUGUGCUACGAUUGCCAUUAUUGCUCUGUCCCCAAAGUGCCUCGACUGGUGGCAAGCUAGUCCUAUUUACCAGAUCUACCCUCGUUCUUUCAAGGACAGUGACAUGGAUGGGAAUGGUGAUCUGAAAGGUAUCCAAGAAAAGCUGGACCAUAUAGUAAAUUUGAACAUAAAAACAGUCUGGAUCACUUCUUUCUACAAGUCCCCCUUAAAAGACCUUGGCUAUGGAGCUGAAGACUUCUAUGAUAUUGAUCCCAUGUUUGGAUCAAUGAGUGAUUUUGAGAAUCUGCUUGCAGCCAUACAUGAUCGAGGGUUAAAAGUGAUAAUGGACUUAAUACCAAACCACACAAGUGACAAGCACCGAUGGUUUCAGCUUAGUCGCAACCGGACUGGGAAGUACACAGACUACUACAUCUGGCAGGACUGCGUGCAGGCGGGGGCAGUGAUCGCUGUGCCCAACAACUGGGUGAGCGUCUAUGGGAAUUCCAGCUGGCAGUUUGACGAUGUGAGAAAACAGUGUUAUUUUCAUCAGUUUGGGAAAGAACAGCCAGAUUUAAAUUUCCGCAACCUUGCUGUUCAACAAGAAAUCCAUGAUAUUAUCAAAUUUUGGCUUGGCAAAGGAGUUGAUGGAUUUAGUUUUGUCGCUGUUAAAUUUCUUCUAGAAGCCACACACCUACGAAAUGAACCGCAAGUGAACAAGUCUCAGAAUUCUGAGAGCAUCACAGCCUAUUCCGAGCUCUACCAUGACUACACAACCACCCAAGUUGGCAUGCACGACAUCAUCCGUAGCUUCCGCCAAACCAUGGAUCAAUACAGCAGUGAACCCGGCCGAUACAGAUUUAUGGGUUCUGAUGGUGAUGAAAAGGAAGACAUAGGAGCAACAAUGAUGUAUUAUGGAACAACUUUUGUCCAAGAAGCAGACUUCCCAUUCAAUUUCUACCUAAUUAACAUGAAAAAUCUAUCAGGAAACAGUAUUUUUGAAGCCGUCAACUUGUGGAUGAAAAACAUGCCUAAAGGGAAAUGGCCAAACUGGGCGGUCGGAAGCCCGAACACUGCUCGGAUUUCAUCUCGCUUUGGGAAGAAAUAUGUCAGUGUUAUAAACAUGCUGCUUUUAACCCUCCCUGGUACUCCUAUAACUUACUAUGGUGAAGAAAUAGGUAUGGAGAACAUUGCUUCAGGAAAUGUAAGUGAAGAGUACAUAAAUUCCGGUCCUGUGACCUUCCCAGAGAAAUCCCCCAUGCAGUGGGAUGGCCAAGUUAACGCUGGUUUUACUGAAGGCACCAGUAGCUGGUUACCCGUUAACCCUGACUACCAAAGUGUGAAUGUUGAAGUACAGAUGACCUGGUCCAACUCAACCCUGAGCUUAUACAGAGAGCUAACGUUACUUCGCAACAAUGAGCUGCCCAUUCAUCGGGGGUGGAUGUGCUACAUCUGGAAUGACAGUAAUGUUUUCGUCUAUGUGAGGGAACUGGAUGGGUUAGAUAGAGUCUUUAUGAUGGUUCUCAAUUUUGGACAGGAAUCGACAAUAGACCUGAAAGCUAUAGUUCCUAGUCUUCCCUCGGUAGCUACUAUAAGACUAAGUACCAAUUUUAGCAAUACUGGUAAAGCUGUCAAUACCAACACAAUUAAAACUGAAGCGGGAGAAGGCCUAGUCCUUGAAUAUAAAACAGGAAAACCUGUUCAUACUAUGGAGGCUUUUCAAGACAACUGUUUUGUGGCAGAAAAAGCUUGUUAUUCCAGUGCCUUUAAUUUACUCUAUGUGAACUGUUAA